AUGGGUACUUUAGUUCGUGAUGGUCAUGGUUCAGGUGUUGUUGUUGGUACUGGGCAUAAUACAGCAUUUGGUGCUGUGUUUGAAAUGAUGAAUGAUAUAGAGAAACCAAAAACCCCUCUUCAGAAUACUAUGGAUAAGUUAGGUAAAGAUUUAUCCAUUGUCAGUUUUAUUGUCAUUGGUAUUAUUUGCUUGAUUGGAAUAAUCCAAGGUCGCUCAUGGCUAGAAAUGUUUCAAGUCUCUGUUUCAUUAGCUGUUGCUGCCAUUCCAGAAGGGUUGCCAAUCAUUGUUACGGUAACAUUAGCACUAGGUGUUUUGAGAAUGGCUCGUCAUAAGGCUAUUGUUCGGAGAUUGCCAAGUGUUGAAACUUUGGGUUCAGUUAAUGUUAUCUGCAGUGAUAAAACAGGUACUUUAACGCAAAAUCACAUGACUGUAAAGAAAAUUUGGACUGUUGAUAUGAAUUCUGAAAGUUUAACUGUUGAUAAAGAUGUUUCCAAGGGACAAUCGUUAAGACAAUAUUUGACUGAUGAUGUUAAGCAAACUUUAGAAACUGCAAACAUUUGUAACAAUGCCAAAUAUUCACAAGAAGCUGCCAAGUUUGUUGGUAACCCAACUGAUAUUGCAUUACUAGAAGUCCUAUCACAAUUUGAGUUAGAAGAUAUCAGAAGUAGUAGAUCAAGAACACAUGAGCUACCAUUUUCAUCAUCAAGAAAGUUCAUGGCCAUUAGUGCACAUACUGGUGAUAUUUCAAAGACUGAAACUUAUGCAAAAGGUGCUACUGAACGUAUUUUAACAAGAUCAACCCAUUAUUUAACAAAAGAUAAAAAAGUGGAAAAAUUAACCGAAGAAUUGCAUACUAAGAUACACGAGGCUGCACACAAACUAGCAUUGAAAGGUCUUAGAGUGUUAGCAUUUGGUCAUGUUAACAAGGGUUUUGAAGAUGAGCCAUCAGGCUUAGUUUUCGAUGGUUUAAUUGGUAUGAAAGAUCCACCAAGACCUAGUGUAAAGAAUGCUAUUGCAAAAUUGAUCCAUGGUGGUGUUCAUGUCAUUAUGAUUACAGGUGAUAGUGAAACUACAGCUGUUCAAAUCGCAAAAGAAAUUGGUAUGAAUGUUGGAAAUCCAGAAAAGUCAGUUAUCAAUGGUGAAAAAUUGGAAACUCUUGAUGAAGAAACUCUUUCACAAAUCAUUUCAUCGGUUUCUGUUUUUGCAAGAACUACACCAGAGCAAAAAGUGCAAAUUGUUAGAGCAUUACAAAGAAGAGGUGAUGUUGUUGCAAUGACUGGGGAUGGUGUUAAUGAUGCACCUGCACUAAAACUAGCAGAUAUUGGUAUUAGUAUGGGUAAAAUGGGUACAGAUGUUGCUAAGGAGGCUUCUGAUAUGGUUCUAACAAAUGAUGAUUUCAGUACGAUUUUAAAUGCCAUUGAAGAAGGGAAGGGUAUUUUCAAUAAUAUUCAAAAUUUCUUAACUUUCCAAUUGUCAACAAGUGUUGCUGCGUUAUCAUUAAUUGCCAUCUCAACUUUUUUCAAAUUACCAAACCCAUUAAAUGCAAUGCAAAUUCUAUGGAUCAAUAUUUUAAUGGAUGGUCCACCUGCACAAUCACUUGGUGUUGAACCUGUUGAUCAUGAAGUUAUGAAUAAACCACCAAGAAAGAGAAAUGCUAGAAUCUUAACUGAAGAACUUUUCAAAAGAUUGUUGUCAAAUGCAUUUUUUGGGAUUGUUGGUACCAUCUACGUUUAUAUCAAAGAGAUGAAUGACGAUAAUCAAGUUACUGCAAGAGAUACAACAAUGACAUUCACAUGUUUUGUCUUAUUUGAUAUGUUUAACGCAUUAAGUUGUCGUCAUGCUACCAAAUCUAUUUUUGAGUUAGGAUUUAAGAAUCAAAUGUUUAAUUUUGCUGUUUUAGGAUCGUUAUUGGGUCAAUUAUGUGCAAUUUACAUUCCAUUUUUCCAAUCAAUUUUCCAAACUGAAGCUUUAUACUUUAGUGAUUUGGUAUUUUUAACCCUUUUAUCAAGUUCGGUUUUCUUAUUUGAUGAAGGUAAGAAAUAUAUUAGAAGACAACGUCGUGAUGUCUAUUCUGUUGUCUAG